AUGGCUGUGAACAAACAAGAAAGCGAUUUCGAUAUUCAAGACGCUUUUGAUUCAUUAUUAGUGUCUGAAGACAAUUUAGUGGCAAAAGCUUAUGAAGAAGGAUUACUUCAAGGAGAAAUAGCAGGAUUUCAAGAAGGAUUUGAUUUAGGACGUCAAAAAGGCAGCGAAAUUGGGUCGGAAAUUUUCUUCUAUCGUGGGUUUGCUAAAAGUUGGAUUGCUUUGCUAUCGGGUGAUUUGAGUGAAGCUUUUAAACAACUACUGGAAUUGUGCCCUGUGUCCUUAAAUCCGGAUGUUGUACAUGAGAUACAUCAAAUUGAACUGAAAAAUAAAACAGAAGAGGCAGAUUCAAAAUCUCUCAAAGCAUUGGAAAAAUUGCUUACAUUGCUGGAACGUUUCCCACAGGAAAAUCCAAAAAAUCAAGAUAUUGUAAGUUUACUUCAAGACAUUCGUGCCAAAUUCAAGCAUUGCUGUGCUAUCCUCAAAGUUGAUGCUAGCUAUUCUGCUAAUAAUCAACUGAACUUUUGA